AUGUCCCAACUCAACUACCGCACGAUCAACAUCGACGCUCUGGACCCGGAGUCCUCAACCAACUUCCCCAUGGACUCCCUCCUCCCGGCAACCCUCCCCCAAUCCGAGUCCGCCAGUGACGCCGCCAACGUAGCGACCCAGGUGCGCCAGCUGCUGCGCGGCGGCGACCCUGAAGGCGCGCUCCGCACUGUCCUCGGUACAGCGCCGUUGGGCGGCGAUGACCGCGCUAAGGAGGUGCACCUUGCUACUGUUAUUGAUGUCCUGCAGGGCAUUCGGCAGGGCGAGAUGACGAGAAUCCUUGAGGGUGUUUGCAGUGGGGAUGGAGGUGCUGAGCGCGCUGAUUGUUUGAUGAAGUAUCUGUACAAGGGUAUGUCCUCGUCUGCUCCUGGUUCUGGUGCCCAGUCCCCGCGGAAGAACGUUUCACCUCAGGAUACUGGGUUCUCGCAGAUCCAAGCUCGCAACUUGGGUGAAGGUGGCGGUGGUCAGCAAAUGAGUGUUUUGCUUAGCUGGCACGAGAAGUUGGUCGAGUUGGCUGGUACUGGGUCUAUUGUUCGGGUCAUGACGGACCGCAGGACGGUUUGA